AUGCAGCAUUAUUAUUGGCAUACCUAUGUUCGUUUUAUUAUGAAUCAAGAAAUCUACGAAGAACUGCUCUUCGCAAGAACUUUGAUAACCGACACUAAAGGUGAAUCAAUAUUUCAUGUUUUGAAGGAUUACUUCAUUGAAAAAGCAAUUCUUUUAUCAAAUAUAAUAUCAGUAGCUACAGAUGGAGCACCUGCCAUGGUUGGACGUCAUCGUGGAUUUAUAAGCUAUUUAAAACAAAAUGCGUCAGGGGUGUUAGCAAUACAUUGCGUUAUCCAUCGACAACAUUUAGUUACUAAAAAUUUGAGUGUUAGAUUGCAUGAAUCACUUCAUUUAGUUAUUGAUGCAGUAAACCGAAUCCGAAGAAAAGCGUUGAAUACGCGUUGUGAAGAAAAUGACGAACGCUUUCAUCAACUGCUCCUUCACACUGAAGUAUGCUGGCUAUCGAAAGGCUUAUGUUUGACAAGAUUUUUUGCACUUUUUGAGACUAUUUUAGAAUUUCUGGAUACUCUGGAAAAAUUUAAUAUGGUUAAUUUGCAAUUACAAGGCGACAGUUUAAAUUUGAUUAAAACAAAAUCCAUCUUAUCAGCGUUUCUUGUCAGAGUUAAACUAAUGAAGCAAAAUAUUGGACUGGGCGAAUUUUUUCAGUUCCCCAAUUUGUCACAGACAAGCUGCCAGGAAGACGACGUUUCAACUUACGUUCAACAUUUAAAUGCCCUCUAUUCAGAUUUUGAAUCUAGGUUUGAGGAUAUUUUGACUAUGGUAAUACCACCGUGGAUAAUUAAUCCAUAUGGUGACAUAGAAGAAACGAAUGUCAUAAUACAAGAGGAACUGACUGAACUAAGUACAAACGAAGAACUUAAGGUUCAGAUUAAAAAUGGAUAUCAGCAAAUCUGGCUGCAAAACAACAUACCCCUGUUAUCGAAAACUAUUGCCAUUAUCGCAGAUGCUGCAUUUUAUUUACAUGAAAUUAUUCCGUCCCAUUUAAGUUGGUCAGGUAGUUUGCUCCACAACAAACUUUUGCUAAAGUUCGGAAGUUCCGCGAUAACUUUAGAAGUUGAUGCAGACGGUCUGUCGUUAGAGUAUGGCAGCAUUAUGAGAGAAGUAUAA